AUGGGUUUCUUUGCGAGUCUCCUAGCCUGGUUCCAGGGCCUGUUCUUUACCAAAACGGCUGAAAUAUCGAUUGUGGGACUUCAAGCAUCCGGGAAGACUUCACUUGUCAACGUACUUACCUCAGGUCAAUGGAGUGAAGAGGUUGUACCCACUGUUGCGUUCAACCUCAGAAAAGUACGUAAGGGAAAUGUGACCUUCAAAAUAUGGGAUGUUGCAGGUCAACCUAAGUUCCGGAAUAUGUGGGAAAGGUAUUGCCGUGGCGUGGAUGCCAUUGUCUUUAUGGUAGAUUCUAGCGCUACCGACAAGCUUGAAUCCGCCGGUUUCGAAUUGCAUUCGCUCCUUGACCACCAGCCCCUAUCAGGUGUCCCACUCUUGGUCCUAGGGAACAAGAACGAUCUUCCAGACCAUGCGUCUGUGGAUGAGCUGAUUCGCAUACUCUGCCACAGCCAUCUCGAGAACAUUCGUGAUCGUCCAGUAUCGCGUUACAGUGCUACUCGGUAA